AUGUUGGCUUGCGCUCAAGAUAUUUUUUUCGCCUCCAACAACAACGACUCGAAUGGGAGCAACGAUCACUUCAAUGGCUCAAAAGACAAAAGAUCACGCCAAUAUCGACACGUCAAUAAUCAGUUUCAGCCACGACAGCACAUGUUACAAAAGGACAUGAAUUCAAGUAAAGAAAAAGAAGAGCAACAAGUGUGGCCACCAGAUGUUGAAGAUGCGUUCAUCAAAGCAUUGGAGACAAUCCCAAAAUUAGGCAGAAGAAAGAUCCUAGUCAACGGAAAGCCGUGUGGGCGAAAUGAAUUGAUUUCUGAUUUUAUUUUCCGCAAAACGGGCAAGGUACGCACCAGAAAGCAAGUAUCAUCGCAUAUCCAAGUCUUGAAGAAUACUCGCAAAGGAGAUCCUCACUUUAUGCGUUUAUUGACUGAUUCCAUCGAAGAUGAAGGCUUUGCCACAACAACUCAGACGCAUAGAAAGCCUAAAAUAGCCACCAUGCCUCGCCGUCAGAGCAGCAAUACUAACACACACCAUCAUCACCACCAGCAAAAGCUUAACUUGACAGAUCUCUCCUCUGAUGAAUCUUCCAUGUCUUCCUCUCCGUCGCCGGCCGACUAUGUUUUUGACAUCAUGUAUAAUGAUCAACAAGCCUCGCUUUCCAUGUUGGAUAUCAAAGAUCCAUUUUAUGAGCCUUUCUUUGGUACUCUAUCCAAUGGCAAUGCCAAUAAUAGCAACAACAGUGGCUCAACAGCAAACACAUCCGCUUCAUCAGCAGAUGCAAGUGUUGGUGGCAUGGCUACUUCCUUGUCAUUUCAAAAUCUCGCUAAUGCCACUACCAAUGAUGUAUUGCAACAAUUGUUUCCUUACGAUAAUGCGUCAAAUGCAAACCAGAAACCCACAGUAGUCGACUUGUUAGACUCUAAUUUUGGAUCUUCCUCUGUAGUCAAGCAGCUCAAAAAACCCAAAAAGCUGAACACUGCUCGAAAAUACAACAAGAAACAAAAGAAGCCUUUUGCUAUGAACAAUAAUAUGCACUUUCAUACUGCUGCCUCCUCUAAUAUACACAUGAUGAUGGAAGGUCCAUCAAGUAUGACACUACCUAGCAACUCUAACAAUAUCUGGAUUGAUCCGUCCAUCUACCCUUUAUGGCCAAAUUACAUAUGCUUAUACCUCGAAUACUCACUUCCCUAUGACCCAUCUAUUACUAUUCCCCAUACACUUGCCAAUUUACCAGAAUGUGUACCUAAUUGCAUCCCUACAAUUGAUGCAUCUUUGGUCGCCAAGAACAAAUGUCCCUCCCUGACGGAUCUUUCGACUAACCCGGCUGUCACUACAUUAGCCGCCAAGGUCAAACUUGAUUUGAAUUUAAACAUGACAGAUUUCUUCUUCAAUAAUACUUCGUUUUUCGAGACACAAGACCGUCGCACCAUUGAAUGCACCACCACCAUCUACUCGUUCGGCAAUGUUGUCUUGGAAUCAAAGGAAGUGCAGCAGGCUCUCUGGAUCAAUGAAGGCAAAUACAUGUACAGCUUUGUCUAUGUCAAUCAAUUCUUUGAUGCCUUUAUGAAGGGUAUCCGCUCGCUGCAAUCUUGGGAUGAAGUGGAUAUCGCAAUCAACAAUUUAUGUGUCGUACAGGUGUUUGAGGAUAUUGAAUCUAGAGUAACACAGCCUAUGGAAGGAAUGCUCUCUAGUAGCACUGACAUAAUGACAGAUGAUCUCACUCCUGCUGCAGUUGCUCCAGAAUUUACCCCUCUCUUAGUUAUGGUGUAUGAAUUCGAACGUGGUCAAGGUACAAUGGAGAUGAGCAUCGUGGAUACCUUGUCUAGUAUCAAGAAGAAUUUUGUUGAUUUUCUGUCAACUACCCAGGCUACAACUCAUGGUAAUGAUACAGUAGCAUCAACACUAUUGCCGGCAUCUUCGUCGACUCUUUCUCCCCAUUCCCAACAUCCGUCUUCUACUCCUCCAUCUUGUUUAUCGCCUUCCAAUAUUGCCCAUGUAGAUAUGUAA